UCCUAUCUCUACUUUUCUUAGUCAUUUUUAUUAAGGAGAUAGAGCCAAAGAUAAAAUAUCUACUUGACAAACUAGAAUAUCUAGCAAAACAAAAGGAUGUUCUAGGCUUGAAAGAAGGUGUUGGAGGAGAAUCAUUAAAAAGAUUGCCCACGACUUCUUUGGUCGAAGAAUCUGAUAUUUUUGGUAGGGAUGAUGAUAAUGAAAAAAUAAUAAGCUUCUUGAUCUCACAUGAUGCAACUAGCAAUGAAAAUCUGUGUGUGAUUCCUAUAGUCGGCAUGGGGGGAAUUGGCAAGACCACUCUUGCUAAGCUUGUAUACAAGGACAAGAGGGUGAAGGAGCAUUUUGACCUUCAAGCAUGGGUAUGUGUUUCGGAUGAGUUUGACGUGUUAAGGGUAACUAAAACAUUAAUUCUAGAGGAAGUAGGUUUGUCUACUAAUGCUGAUAAAAAUCUAAAUCUACUUCAAUUUACACUACAAGAUAAAUUGAUGGGUAAGAAAUUCCUACUUGUUUUAGAUGAUGAAUGGUAUGAGGAUAAAGCUAAAUGUGAAGUCUUAAGCAAUCCAUUAAAAUCUGGGGUACAAGGAAGCAUAGUCAUUGUAACAACACGCAACGAAGGUGCUGCAUCAAUCAUGCGCACUGUUCCAACUCAUCAACUAAAGAAGUUAGGAGAGGAAAAUUGUUGGUCACUAUUUGCAAAACAUGCAUUCCACGAUUACAACUCUAAUGAAUGUACGGAGCUAGAAGUAAUAGGUCGACAAAAUUGUGAAAAAGUGUAA